UGGGUACCGGGUCCCCGGUCCCGGGUCCCCAGAGAGGUGAGUCGGCUGCUGGUGGGCGUAGGGUGCUGUGCUGCCUGGCGUAGCGGCGUCGCAGUCGCUACCCGAGCUUAAGCCAGCCGUGUAGUUGAGCUGCGCGCCAGACUGCCGCAGCUUCGUCAGGCCCGGGGUUAGCUGGGCCGCGGAGCCGGACGGAGCGGGGCCACCCUGGAGGCCGGAGCCGCCGGGCCUGCGGCGCCUCGGGACUAGCACCCACUGCGCCUGCCUCCACCUCGCUCUGGUGCAGGAAGCUCACGCCUCACUCACAACCCCUGGCUUGUGCUGUGGCCUUCGAACUGGCUCCUUCCUUUAGCUCCCAGAGACAUGCUCGGAGUUGGUUUCAACCAGGAUGCGGGAGAGUUGGUGCAAGCUACCUGUAAGACAGCUUGAACUUUUCCUAGGGAUUCCUCUACCAGCCCUUAUAUUGCAUUGCUCAUUUCGUCUGAGACCUUGUCUGCGCAUUACUAAAAUAAAAGAAAUGUUUUCCCCAGUGUCCUUUUAGGACGUUUUGACUUUUCUCCUUUGCAAGACAGUUUCCAAAAAACUGACGGAACAACCAACUCUUCACACUCCCUCGGACUUGCCAGCAAAUGAGAAAACCCUGCCUCUGCGUCUGGUCCUCUCUAACAUCCUCAGAGGAGCUUCUUUCUAGCAUUUCGAGAGACUUCUCUAGGGUCAUGACCCUAAAGGCUUGACGCAUUUGCAAGGAGAAAGACGUCUCCUGAUUGCCAAAAUGGCAGCUAAAAUGGAGAUAACUUUGAGCUCUCACACUCAGGCUUCCUCCAAGCAAGAGAGACACAUAAUAACAAAACUAGAGGAGAAACGGGAGCCUACUCUACAAAAGAACUGCUUGGAUCCCGAGCUCUCCCGCCAGAGCUUCAGACGAUUUUGUUACCAAGAGGUAGCUGGACCCCAAGAGGCGCUCUCCCGACUCAGACAGCUCUGCCAUCAGUGGCUGCAGCCUGAGCUGCACACCAAAGAGCAGAUUUUGGAGCUUCUGGUGAUGGAGCAAUUCCUGACCAUCCUGCCCCCAGACAUCCAGGCUCGUGUCAGACAUCGAUGUCCAAUGAGCAGCAAGGAGAUUGUGACCCUUGUGGAAGACUUUCACAGAGCAUCCAAGAAACCAAAGCAGUGGGUGGCCGUUUGUAUGCAGGGGCAGAAGGUGCUCUUGGAGAAAACUGGAUCUCAGCUUGGAGAACAGGAACUGCCAGACUUUCAACCACAGACUCCUAGGAGAGAUUUCAGGGAGAGCUCUCUGGAGGAGCCUUCCCAUGUGGCAUCUUAUGACCGACUGAGCCCCCAUCAUUGGGAGAAAUCCCCACUCCUCCAGGAACUGACCCUCAAAUUGGCUGGGACAGAGGCCCCCAGAAUGAGAAGUGACAACAAGGAAAAUCCACAACAGGAAGGGCCUAAAGGAGCAAAGCCUUGUGCAUUGUCAGCUGGCAGAACCAAAGGGAAUGGUCUGCAGAGUCCUGAGCCAAGAGGGGCAAAUAUGAAUGAGCCUCGGUUGUUACAGAGGCAGGUCAGCCCCCCAAAUGCUCAAAAGCCAAUUACUCAUUACCAGAGACAUUGCAGGGAACUGGAAUACAUCAGCAGCCCCCUAAAAAGCCACCCACUGAGAGAGCUGAAGAAAAGCAAAGGAGGUAAAAGAAACUUGACCAACCGUUUGCAACAUCUCAGUCAUCAGCCUACCCGCUCAGCAAAGAAACCCUACAAAUGCGAUGACUGUGGGAAAAGCUUCACAUGGAAUUCAGAGCUGAAAAGACACAAGAGAGUCCACACUGGAGAGAGACCCUACACAUGUGGAGAGUGUGGAAACUGCUUUGGGCGGCAGUCAACCCUGAAGUUGCACCAGAGGAUCCACACUGGAGAGAAACCAUAUCAGUGUGGCCAGUGUGGGAAAAGCUUUCGCCAGAGCUCAAACCUUCACCAGCACCAUAGGCUCCACCAUGGGGACUGAAAGCAGCAGCCCAUGCUUUCAGAAGGUGUUUUUGUUUCUCCUCUCCCUUACUUGCAUGUAAAUCACAAAGAUGUCUGUGUGACUUACAAGGAAAGCAAGAGACCCGUGAAGAAUGAUGAUGCACAUUCAGCUGGUGAGCACCAGGCGAGGCUGACCAGGGCACAACCAUGCACAGGGUGAAGAGGUGACAGGUCUUGGCAUUGAGGUGAAGAGAACUUCAGUCUCUGCAGAGUGACUACUGGAAAAAUCAGAACUAUCCUGCAACUGGCCCCUUAUUGUUCAAUCAUCCCCUUAUUGCUUAAUUUAUCCUCUAAAAUUUGUUAAAGGGUAAAUUCUAUAUAUAGUUAUGCAUUUGCUGUCAUACCAAUUUUUAUCAUGCACAUCUUCCUUUAAUAAAGACAAGUAAUCUAUCAGAA